UCUGUUUUAUAGGGAUUGGGUUUCUUUCCCUGUGCAGUUCCAACAGUGAGGAGGUGCAUGGGACAAGGGGUGCCCUGGGCUUCCAGAACAGGGGCUCUGCCUGGGUUCCAGCUCCCAUAGGGGUGGAACUUGUCAGGACUCUGAGUACAUAUCUCCUUAGGAAGAGUUGAAACUCAUCUGCUGCACUGUGACUAUGGCCUGGCUGCUGACUAGGGCUUGCUGCCCCAGAGCUCUUCCCUGGGCUUCCAGAUGUCUCUAUGGGUUGGUGAGUGCUCGGUCCUGGAGCCAGGGCCCUCUUACUGCCUACAUGCCAGAAGCUGCCUCCUUCCCGGAAGCUCAGGAUCACCAGGGCUUGUACAAGACAUCGGUGGAGCAGGGGGAUGCCUUCUGGGGAGCGCUGGCAAGGAGUCGGCUCUCCUGGAUCACCCCCUUCCACUCUGUCCAGGACUGUGAUCUGCAGCAGGGACGGGCUGCCUGGUUCCUGGGGGGGCAGCUCAACGUGGCAGUGAACUGCUUGGACCGACAUGUCCAUGUAGCCCCAGACAAAGUGGCCUUAAUCUGGGAGAAGGAUGAACCAGGAGAGGAGUUGCGGGUCACAUACAGGGAGCUGCUGGAGCUGACAUGCCGCCUGAGCAACACCCUGAAACGGCAGGGGGUGAAACGAGGUGACAGGGUGACAAUCUACAUGCCUCCGUGCCCAUUGGCAGUGGCCAGCAUGCUGGCCUGUGCCCGAAUAGGGGCUGUGCAUGCUGUGGUGUUUGCUGGGUUCAGUGCAGAGUCCCUGGCAGACAGGAUUCGGGAUGCCCAGUCGGAGACGGUGAUCACAGUGAACCAGGGGCUGAGAGGUGGCAAGGUUGUGGAGCUGAAGAAAACAGUGGACGAGGCUGUGAAGCACUGCCCAGGAGUGAAACGUGUCCUUGUGUCCAUGAGGACGGACAGCCAGCUUCCCAUGACAGCCCUGGAUGUUCUGCUGGAGGAGGAGAUGAUGAAGGAGGAUGCAUACUGUGAGCCAGUUGCCAUGGACAGCGAAGACAUGUUGUUCCUUCUCUACACAUCUGGCAGUACAGGCAAGCCCAAGGGCCUGGUUCAUUCCCAGGCUGGCUAUCUCCUGUUUGCUGCUCUCACACACAAGUACGUGUUUGACUAUCAGGACAGGGAUGUCUUUGGCUGUGUGGCAGACAUUGGCUGGAUCACAGGGCACAGUUACGUUGUCUAUGGCCCCCUCUGCAAUGGUGGCACCACAGUCCUUUUUGAGAGCACUCCUGUUCAUCCCAACCCUGGACGCUACUGGGAAACAGUGGAGAGGUUAAAAAUUAAUCAGUUUUAUGGGGCACCUACUGCCAUCCGCCUGCUCCUGAGAUAUGGUGAUGAAUGGGUGAAGAAAUAUGACCGCUCCUCUCUCAAAGUUCUUGGCUCAGUGGGUGAACCCAUAAACAAGGAGGCAUGGGAGUGGUACUUCCGUGUGGUGGGUGAGACACGGUGCCCUGUUGUGGACACAUGGUGGCAAACAGAAACAGGAGGCAUCUGUAUCUCACCCCGUCCUUCUAACCCUGGAGACAAAAUCCUUCCAGGCAUGGCCAUGAGACCUUUUUUUGGCAUCAGUCCCUCUGUACUGGAUGAUAAGGGAAAUGUCCUUUUGGAAAAUAAUGUCUCUGGAGCCCUUUGCAUCUCACAAGCCUGGCCGGGUAUGGCUCGAACCAUUUAUAAAGACCAUAAGAGGUUUGUGGAAACCUAUCUGGCUCCUUAUCCAGGGUUCUUCUUCACUGGGGAUGGUGUGUAUCGCACUAGUGAAGGCUAUUACCAGCUGACGGGACGCCUGGAUGACAUCAUUAACAUCAGUGGGCACCGGCUGGGCACUGCAGAGGUGGAAGACAUUGUGAACCACCAUGUGGCAGUGGCAGAGUCUGCUGUGAUCGGCUACUCACAUGAGAUCAAGGGAGAAGGAGCCUACGUGUUCAUUGUGCUGAAGAAGGACAGCAAGUACAUGGAGGAAACUCUUGCUGCUGAGCUACAGGAGCUGAUCUCCAAGAAGAUCGCUAAGUAUGCAGUUCCAGAGUACAUUCAGGUCACACGCCGGCUGCCCAAGACACGCUCUGGGAAGAUUAUGAGGCGGGUGCUAAGGAAGAUCGUUGAGAACAAAGCCAGUGAGCUUGGGGACCUAACCACCCUAGAUGACCAUGAAGCUGUGCAGCAGAUCAUAGAGGGACACAAGCGCCUUGUGGAGCAGCAGAAGAACUGCUAGUAUGGCACCUCCAGCCCCUUCACUACAGAAUUAGGGUCAGGUCCAGAAAUGUCACUGAGCAACCGCUGCCCAGUAAGUGCUCAGACUGUACUUCCAGCGCAGUCUGAGAGACCCUCGAGAGUUCUGCCUCCAUACACACAAAGGAGACAGGAGAGAACAGGCACAACAGUAAGGAGGGAGAGCUGUUUGCUCCCGAAGAAGAGAACCAACAUCCUUCCUUCAGGCUCCUUGUGCCUUGCAGUAGCUUUAGAGAAAGCAACUGACCAGCUAUAGGUAGGUGUAUUAUUCCUAUCCCUGCUUUGCUCUUAAUCACUUCUCCAGUCCAAGAGCACUGUCAAUACGUAACUCCUCCAGAGCAAAGAGUAAAAGGAAAAAGAGGCAGAAAUCUGGUAACACAUACUGGUUCUUCUCCAGAAACAUCCUUGGAUAGCUGACUCCAGAUUUUAAUACAAAAAUGUUUAUUUGUUAUUGUGUAUCUUAA